AAAAAAUAUGUAUUCACUUCCUGGAAGCAAAUAACGCAUAUUAUUACCUUAAAGACAUAAGACUAUUUGUUUCAAACCUGAAAUAUAGGAAUAAUAAAAAUUAAAGCAUGCAAAAGCUCUACAUCCAUUUCAUUAGAAGUUAAAGCCAAUCUCAUCUAAAUGUUUAGAAUAUGCUCUUUCAACUAGGUUGAAUUUUUAAAUUAAUAUAAGUUCAAGCGAAUCAGAAGGGGAAUGUGAAAAUAACAAAAGUUGUCAUUGUAAAGAUUGUGGACAUUAAUCCUAAAAAAUGAAACAUAUGAAAAAGAAGUAUAGACGUUUUAGUCCAGUUAUGCAUGGAAUAAUGAGAGAAAGAAGAAAUAAACUUAAACAGAAAUUUAAAAAUGCUGUUUAUGUUAUUAUGUGGAUGCAAAAAUUAGUGAUCUAAAGAAAGAAAAAACCUGUGAUUAUGAAAAAGAUAAUUAGAAUGAAGACUAAAUUAUUUGAACCACCAAAAGAACCACCUCAAUAAGAUCAGUAGAUUAUUUAUCUAGAAGUAAAAUCAUAAUUCUAUGAGUAAAGCCGAUCUAGCCAGUGCAAGUUUAGAUGAUUGAUUUUAAACACAAAUAGCGAUAAUCAAUUGUCAAUUAUCUCAACAAUAAACUGCAUGAUAUAGAAUCUCAUUCAAAUCACUAUCAGUUAUCGCUUCCUAAAAUAAGACAUUAAAAUAAUCUCUCCAGUAGCCAUUCCAGAUUACUACUAAAACCUUUGAAAACAUAAAUUGAUGAACUCUAAACUCCAUAAAGAAAUAAUCUACAUUAAAUAGUACACAAAGCUACUCCUCCAUAAUCAUCCCUAAGUUCCCCUUAUUUAAAAUAACCGCCUUUGACAACAAGAAUAAGAUAUUUAUAAAAUAGACUCUAUUUAUCUGGAAGAUAUUGA